AUGUUGAAGAUGAAUGUCAGUUCGAUUGUUGUUCUCAGCAUUAUCGUCCUCAGCACUGGUAUUUCCUCUUCGCCGCUCAGCCUGGCCACCCGGACCGAGAAUGGCGGCCAUAGCUUGCCAAGCAAGGCACGUCGGGCCGUUUUUAAGGAAAUUAACAGACGUGACGACGGUGAUUACGGGGGCAACAAGAGUCCUCCUCCCGACACUGAAAAACCCCCUGCAAAGCCGGAUGGCAAGCCCAAUGGCGCUGUCCAAGACCCAUCAAGCAAGGAUCCGAAGAAAGAUGACUGCAAGCAGCCUCACGGCACCAUUCAAGACGCGACAAGCAAGUCUCCAGACAAAGUACCCUAUUCUCCUCCAGCUGGCGACAUGUCCCAACCUAAUGGCACCAUCUCAGACCCCACUAGCCACGCUCCAGACAAACAACCGUACUCGUCUCCAACCGACAAGAUAUCCCAACCUAAUGGCACCAUUCAAGACGCGACAAGCAAGUCUCCAGACAAAGUACCUUAUUCUCCUCCAGCUGGCGACAUGUCCCAACCUAAUGGCACCAUCUCAGACCCAACAAGCCAUGCUCCGGAUAAAGAACCCUACUCGUCUCCAACCGACAAUAUAUCCCAACCUAAUGGCACCAUUCAAGACGCAACAAGCAAAUCUCCAGACGAGAAACCCUACUCGCCUCCGGCCGGCGACAUGUCACAAGGUAACGGCUCCAUCUCAGACCCAACAAGCCAAGCUCCAGACAAGAAACCCUACUCGUCUCCAGCCGGCAAUAUGUUACCACCUCAUGGCACCAUUCAAGACCCAACCAGUCAUGCUCCAGACAAAGAUCCUUACUCGUCUCCAACCGACAACGUGUCCCCACCCCCUGCUUCCUUGCAAGGCCCCGCAGGCAGUGCUCCGAAAGGUCAAGAUGAUUCGUCUUGA